AUGGUCGAAACUGGUCUUCCAGCAGGAUGGGAGGUUCGUCACUCGAACUCCAAGAACCUUCCGUACUACUUCAACCCCACAACUAAGGAAUCCCGCUGGGAACCACCCUCGGAUACCGAUACCGAAAAGCUCAAGAUGUACAUGGCUCUCCACCACAGCGCCCCAGGAGGUCGUGUUGAGGGCUCCGGCCAAGGCGAUGGCAAGAUUCGUUGCAGCCAUCUUCUCGUGAAGCACGCAGAAAGCAGACGCCCGAGCAGCUGGAGGGAAGCAGAGAUUACCCGGUCGAAGGAGGAGGCCCUCGAGAGACUUGACGGAUUCCACCAGCGCAUCCAGGCCGGUGAGGAUUUGGGAGAUUUGGCGGUGUCUGAGUCGGAUUGCAGCAGUGCUAGGAAGAAGGGAGACUUGGGUUUCUUCGGGCGCGGCGAGAUGCAGAAGGAAUUCGAGGAUGCUGCCUUUGCUCUACAACCUGGACAAGUCAGUGGCAUUGUCGACACAGCCUCCGGUGUUCAUCUGAUUCAACGCCACUCGUGA